AUGGGCAGCGUUGCCUGGGGCAACACUACUUCCCACGACACGUCCGCAUCAGUCUCCAUUCCCUCUCGAUUGGUCGUCGUAAUGAGCCACAAGAAGGUCGUCCUGCAAGGCAUGGACCAAGCGCCUACGGUGCUCUCUACCAAGGAUGCCUCUCUCUCCUCCUCGCCCCUCACAGGCGACGAAGUGAGCCACUUCAGCUCCUCUUACUCGUCCUAUUGCGGUCCCACGCCUACCUCUGUCCUGGACUCAGCAGCUUCACCAGUCGAGCCUGCUGACUUCUGGUGGCGUGAAGUAGGCUCACGCACCAACCACCUCCUCGCUCUAUGCGGAUACAGUCAGGAUGCCAUAGACCAGCAUGCCCAAUUUAUUCGCUCUUACAUCAUUCCCGCGCUGGGCAAUCCACCCACUAUUAGCAGCGCUACGGGUCUUCUCGUGCCCACCUUCCCCUCGUACAUGUGCGACGACUAUUCUCCCAUCGAGUACGGCAUCGCCUGGACCAAGCCGGACAAACCCUGCCCUCGCUUCGCAAUUGAAGCCAUCUCCCCGAGCCACAUUCUGGAGACCACCGGCGGUAACAACCUCACAGCCAGUUACCAGCUUAUGAAUCAGCUCGAAGCUGGAGGGCAUGCAGACUUCACCCUCUUCCGCAAGCUGGUCAGCUUGCUCACCAUCGACUUGCCUGCAAGUAGGGCGAUGUAUGGAUGUGCAGUGAAGAGCCAGAUCUUUUUCGGCUUCGAUCUUACGGACGGUGACCCUCGAGCUGAGAACGAGAAGGACAGACACCCUCGAGCCAAGGUCAAAGCGCAUGUCAUGCCAUGGUUGAAGGCGCAUCAGUUCGGGUUGGACGCUGGCGAGUUGCUGCUGGAGACGUUGGAGAGUGGCGACCUCCCUCAUUCGAGCUGCGCGGCUAUGCGACUAGUCUGUGGCUAUCUGCGCAGCCUCAAGGGGGCGAGCAGGCCGGAGCCUUGUAUCCUAAGCGUUGAUGCUCAUGCUGAUGACCCUCGGCUCAAACUCUACGUACGCUUCCGUACCGUCGACUUCCACGAGAUCCUUGCCCACCUCACUCUGGGGGAUCGCCUCAAGACCACUGACUGGAUCACCCCACUGCGACGUUUUUGGGAGCUCACCCUCGGCCACGAUCCUCUCUCAACAGCCGACACCAAGGAUGCCGCCGACGCGACGAUGAGACACCUCACUGGGGGCACUUUACUCUACUACGACCUCAAGCCCGGCGAGGACCUCCCACAUUCCAAGAUCUACCUGCCUGUACGCCACUGGGCUGAUGAUGAUGCAAGCGUGGCCGAAGGGCUUCAGCAAUUCUUGGACGAGGCAAAGCAGCGAAAUAAUGCGCAGCCCACGACAGCCGCCGCUGAAACGGCCAAGGUCAGCGUAUCGACUUCCAUUCGCUACCCUGACGUCCUGCGCAAGGCCUUCGAGCAGGACGAGACUACAUUUCAGGGGAAAGAGGGAGGGUGUGCGACGACAGGCAAAGGGCGCCGUCGUCUUCGACAGAACUACGUCUCUUUGGGCAGCAAGGCUGAUGGAACGUUCACUGUCACGGUAUACAUUAGUCCUCAACUCUUCGCUGGGCAGUAG